AUGCUCUAAAAGGUUCUUGUAAAGGAAUUCUAUACAGACAUCAAGGAGCAGUAGAACUUGAAUUUCAGCUCACUGAUAAAAAGCAGAAAGAGCAUUAGAUAGUAUACUAAUAGCAAAGAGAAGUCUGAACACUUGGACACAAUAGAUGAGAGAGAGACAUUUAUGAGUAAGAAAAGGUAAUCAAGGGCUGUUAAUGAAAUGAUUUAGCAAGUAAAGUAAAUAGAGGAUAAGUUAAGAAUCGCGAAAAGAAGAAACUAAAAGCUUAAACAGCUAAAUAAAAUACAAAAAGAAAAGAUUGAAAGUGAGAAGCAAAACUUCUAAAAGGUAAUGAACAAGCCGAUGAGUUUGCUAAAGUAAUUUGCUUAAAAUAAUUCAUCAAGAGCUUAGCUUUUAAAUGACAGUGUGAGUCACCAGUAUUUGAGUGUAAAUAAAGACAUUUACAUUCAUGAUUCUAAUGCUGAUUUAUCUAGAGUGGUUUAGGACAGUAGUCGUCUUAACCCUCUUAAGUCUUCUCGAAGCUUAUUGAGAAGUGAGCAAAGCUUAGAUACAAUCAUCAUUAGAAGAAGUUAAUUUAAUGAUGUUUAGUUAAGGCAAACUACUCGAAUAGCUCAUCUUUAUGAGUACUAUUUCACAGAGAGAAUGCAAAAUGAAUAUUAAAUGUCCAAGUAAAAGCUCAAAGAUCUUCUUAGUAGUCAGGCCUAAUAGAAUGAGAUAAUAGAGGCAUUCAAGAAUCAAAACUAGCAAGUCAAAAAAAUUAUCUUGGUAUAUUCAUGUUUAAAGCAAACAUUAAACUGCUAGAAUGUUGCUAUUUAUCAGUGUAAUUCUAGGGUUUUAAAGUAAUUUUUCAAAGAUUCUGUUAAAAAUCAGCCUCAGUAAUGCAAAAAGAUAUUUUUGUCAGAUGGUUAUAAGAUUAAAAUACUUUUGUAAAGUAACCAAAAUUAUCCAUCAAAGAUUUUACCCAAAAAUUAAAAUGAUUUCCUCUAAGACAUGUUUAACGAAAAGUAAGGAAUCUUAAAGGUAAUGUAAGAUGAGGAAGGGGAGCCUCUUCUAAGUGUACAGAAUUUAAAUGUUGCUGCGUAUUUCUCUAUGAUCCUAUUAGUAAAUAACUUAGUUUUAAUCUAAAUAGAUGAGGAUAUAUUUACAGUCUCAAAUUUUAUUAACAAGAAGGUUAGUGAAUAGAGAUUGACUGGACAGGCUCUUAUCCAUAAAUUAAUACUCUAUACUGAUUCAAUUUAUGAAAGCCCAUUUUACAAUCAAAAUUUAGAUAAUCUAUUAGAUACAAAGAAAAUCAAAAAUUUUGUUGCUUUUGAGUUUGGGAUUGAUGAUGAUACAGAUGUAAAAGGUGGUUAUUCUAGAGUGGGUGUCAUUUAACUUAUUAAUAAACUUAACUAGGAUAAAAUCUCCCAGCAUGAUUUGGACAUGAUAUAUGCAAUUAAAAUUUUCUUGGCAACAGCUAUUGAUAGUAUAACAAUACUUAACUAUACAGUUAAGGUAACUGUGAGUGUGACCUAAGAACUUAACAAGAUAUUUAAGACGUUGGCCGAGAGAGAUUAACGUAGAAUGAAUAGUAAAAUGAAUCUAGAUAUUCUAGAAAAGAAUUUGAUAGGAAUGAGUCUGACUCUAGGUAGUAUGAUUAGAACAAAUGUUAAAAGAGUUGAAGGUAAUUGA